UUCGCGCCAGGAAGAGACGCCAUUGUAGAAAAUCCCUCGUUUUUUGGCCCGAAUUUCGCCGCCUUUUCCGCCCUUUUCUCCCUCCCUGGCCCGGAAUUACGCCCCUUUCACCCGCGAGACUGAGAAAUCGAGGGGAAAUGGGUGAAACGAGGGAGGAGAUGAGCGUCACGUGCGUCCAGUGUUGAUGGGAACCAAAACAAAAACAAAAACAAACCCGAAGAUUUUUGAAGUUUUGUUGUUUUUGUUUGUUUUUUUUAGUGAUCUUCUCGUAAAAUGCUCUACACGAAGGAGACAUUUCGUGAGCUCGACGCCAUCAAGAAGACGGGCCUCGAGUACAAGGUUACACAGAUCUUCUUGAAAAUAGGAACCAGUAUUUACCCCAGAAGGAGAUUAUGUGAGGUUGUUACCGACAGUGGAGAACGUGUAGUUGUCAAGGCUAAGCACUCCGGAGUUGUGAAACAUUUGCUCAUUAAGAUUGAUGAUGUUGUUAAAGAUGGGAGUGACCUGGUUGAACUGGAAGCAUGUGCCCAUCCAACACUUAUGGGUAAUAUUUGCUGCGAUUGUGGUGUCGUUCUUGAGGACAAUGAAAUUACAAAGACUGAAGUGGUCAGCAUGUUGCACACUGUCCCAGAUCUCAAGAUAAAGAAAAAUGUGGCUGAAGAACUCGGCAAGGAAGACAUCACAAAUCUUUUGGCUCAAAGAAAAUUAGUGCUACUUGUGGACCUGGAUCAGACACUCAUUCACACUACAAAUGAUAAUAUUCCACCAAACCUAAAAGAUGUAUAUCAUUUUCAAAUAAACACUGGAGGGCCAUGGUAUCACACAAGGCUAAGACCUCACACAAAACAGUUUUUAGAUAAGGUCUCAAAAUACUUUGAACUUCAUAUUUGUACUUUUGGAGUGAGAGAAUAUGCCCAUUACAUUGCUCAUUUCCUGGAUCCCGAUCACAAGCUGUUUGGACAAAGGAUUCUCUCAAGAAAUGAAUGUUUAGAUCAGAUGUCAAAAAAAGCUAAUUUAAGCUCCCUGUUUCCAUGUGGAGAUAACCUGGUGUGUAUCAUUGACGACAGAAGUGAUGUUUGGAAUUAUUCCCCAAAUGUCAUACAGGUGGUGCCAUACCACUUCUUCCGGCACACAGGUGACAUCAAUGCACCACAGGGCUUACAGAAAAAAGAGAACGAUGACCAGAAAGGAUAUGAUUUUGAAAAUUUGAGACUGUCACGAGACAAUACAGAAGUCAGCGAUGGUGAAGAAGGGGAUAAAAAGAAUUAUAGCUCCGACUCUGACAGUGAUAAAGAGACAAAGGAAAUUGUAUCCGAUUCAAACAAAGAUACAGUUGUUAACACCGAUCAAACUAGUGAUAAGUUGGAGAACGUAAGUACAGAAAGUGUUGAAGGUAGUAAAAGUAAAGAGGUGAAUAACGAGACAGCAGAUGUGCAAGACACCUCUAUAGUGACUAACAAAGAGAAAGAUGAAGGCUCAACAGAAGUACAAUCAAAUAGUGUAGAAAGCAUGAACAUUGACACAGAAACAAGAGAAAACGGCACGAAAGAAGAGGCAGAUGAUAAAGAAAAUGCUGAUUUGACUGACAACAAAGAAAGUGAGGAAAGAAAAAGUUUGAAAGAAACAAAUAUAACAGAGGAGAAUAAAGUGAGAAACCAGGAUGCAGAGGAUGGGGAAGCUGGCAAGCAGAAAGAUUUUAUUGAUGUUGCAGACAAUGAUGAUUUUUUGCUCUAUUUAGAAGACAUCUUGAAAAAAAUACACAGAGCCUUCUUCAAGGAAUAUGACAAGCUUCCCCAGGGCUCUACAGAAAAAGAUUUACCUGACUUAAAGAGAAUCAUCCCUAGCAUUCGACAAGAAGUUCUAAAAGGUGUGAACAUUGUGUUUUCUGGGGUGGUGCCACAACAAAUGAAGCUGCGGGAUUCAAAAGCCUACUUUAUAGCCAAUUCCUUUGGUGCUGUUGUGUCUGAAAGGUUAAUAGUGAGAGCAAAAGGUGACUCUGAAAAGGAGGAUGCUAGCAAAAAGAUGAACUACACAUCUCAUAUGGUGGCAGCAAAUGUACACACAGAGAAGGUUCACCGAGCACGCAAGCACAAAUCUAUAAAGAUUGUUACCCCCAACUGGCUAUGGACAUGUGCAGAAAGAUGGGAGCGUGUGGAAGAGCGGUUGUUCCCCUUGAGCAGUGAGACGGAAAAAGAUAUACAGCGCCUUCCUCCCCAUCACUGCUACUGUCCCGAUACUCUGCUGUUGAGAUCACAGUAUGAUGCAGGUGAGCUGGAAGCAAGUGAGGUGUUUCGGCAAGGUGGCGGCCUCCCCAGUGAUGAUAGUGAUGAUGAUGAAGUUACCCCUAGUAACAAGAAAUUCAAGAGAAUAGAAGACCAAGAUAGCAAUAGUCAGUUUUCAAAUUUGAGGUCGGAGGAUGAGAAGGAAGAGGACUCGCCUCUGCCCAGUGAGGUGUUUCGGCAAGGUGGCGGCCUCCCCAGUGAUGAUAGUGAUGAUGAUGAAGUUACCCCUAGUAACAAGAAAUUCAAGAGAAUAGAAGACCAAGAUAGCAAUAGUCAGUUUUCAAAUUUGAGGUCGGAGGAUGAGAAGGAAGAGGACUCGCCUCUGCCCAGUGAGGUGUUUCGGCAAGGUGGCGGCCUCCCCAGUGAUGAUAGUGAUGAUGAUGAAGUUACCCCUAGUAACAAGAAAUUCAAGAGAAUAGAAGACCAAGAUAGCAAUAGUCAGUUUUCAAAUUUGAGGUCGGAGGAUGAGAAGGAAGAGGACUCGCCUCUGCCCAGUGAGGUGUUUCGGCAAGGUGGCGGCCUCCCCAGUGAUGAUAGUGAUGAUGAUGAAGUUACCCCUAGUAACAAGAAAUUCAAGAGAAUAGAAGACCAAGAUAGCAAUAGUCAGUUUUCAAAUUUGAGGUCGGAGGAUGAGAAGGAAGAGGACUCGCCUCUGCCCAGUGAGGUGUUUCGGCAAGGUGGCGGCCUCCCCAGUGAUGAUAGUGAUGAUGAUGAAGUUACCCCUAGUAACAAGAAAUUCAAGAGAAUAGAAGACCAAGAUAGCAAUAGUCAGUUUUCAAAUUUGAGGUCGGAGGAUGAGAAGGAAGAGGACUCGCCUCUGCCGAGUGAGGUGUUUCGGCAAGGUGGCGGCCUCCCCAGUGAUGAUAGUGAUGAUGAUGAAGUUACCCCUAGUAACAAGAAAUUCAAGAGAAUAGAAGACCAAGAUAGCAAUAGUCAGUUUUCAAAUUUGAGGUCGGAGGAUGAGAAGGAAGAGGACUCGCCUCUGCUACCCCUAGUAACAAGAAAUUCAAGAGAAUAG